UGCGCCAGGGACAAUCAGCUGAGCUUCGUCAACCAUUCAAGUUGGGAUCGGGAGUCUUCCUACUAGAGCACCCCUGCCUAUCCAUUCACCAUCCUGACAAUAGAGGCCUAUACAGUGGUAGGUGUGUCUCAGUGCAUUCCGUCCGUGAUUGCUACUGCGCCAUAGAUUGCUGCCGCAAAUUGCAGCGAAUAUCCUGGAGGUCAGGCCUCUCCUCUGUACAUUAUUACAUUGUACGGUGUGAGUAUCGGCGACUGGCAUACCUAGGUACUUGAAGAUGUGCAGUCGGGCUCCAAAUCGCUGUCGAUCCACUGCUAGUGCAGCAGGUGGUUGGCCUGGAUGGUAAGGUAAGUGAGGCAAACUUUUCCGGGGCCGUGAGAAGAUCGUGGGGUAGUAGGAGGGUAAUCUCCGGUGGUGGUACAAAACCAGACCCUGACCCUCCAUUGUGGGUGGUUUCCGCUACUGUGCCUCAGAAUCGAGUCCGAGUCUUUCGAAGCUUCCUCUUAUAGCACGGCACGACACGGCGCUCUGGCAAACUUGUACCUCGAAACGAUGUCGUCUCCCAUCCACCGCAACCCACCCUACAGGGCCGAACAUCUCGGUUCCCUCCUGCGAACCGACAAACUCCUCGAGACCCGCCACGCCUGGGAAGCAGGGAAGGCAACGGAGGAGGAGCUUCGAGCGGUGGAGGACGCCGAUAUCAGGGAUGUUGUCAAGCUGCAGCUCGACCUGGGGUUCCAUGCCGUCACCGAUGGCGAGUACCGCCGGCACAUGUUCUGGGGUUCGUUCUGGCCUGGACUAGAGGGCAUGGAGGAGGUGGCCGAGCCGAGCCCGGACUUGUUUCGCAUGUACAUCCCUGACAUCGCCGCGUUCACCGAGGAAGGAUACAAGCCUGGUGAGACGGUGUUGUGUACGGGGAAAAUUCGACACGUGGGCAGCACAUACACGGCACAGUUUGAUUUCUUGAAGAGCCUGGUUUCUCAGUCGAAAUGGAAAGACCUGAAGUUGACGUUGGCCGCUCCCAACUGGUAUCAUCUACGGUACAAGGAGGGCAAAGCAUACCCGAAGGAGGUAUACAAGAACGACGAUGAGUACUUUGCGGACGUGGCCAAGGCAUACCAGGCGGAGCUGAAGAUCCUGUACGAUCACGGGUUGCGGAAUGUCCAAUUCGACGACCCCAAUCUAGCAUAUUUCUGUUCCGAAGCCAUGAUCGAAGGCUGGAAAAAGGAUCCGCUAAACACGUGCUCUACGGAUGAACUUCUCGAGAAAUACAUCAACCUGUACAAUGAGUGCGUCGCCGAGAUCCCCUCGGAUAUGCACGUUGGAGUCCAUCUGUGUCGGGGCAACUUUGUCAACUCGCGCCACUUCUCCGAAGGCGGCUAUGACCGGAUCGCUACCAAGUUGUUCCAGAACCUCAACAUGCACACUUACUAUCUCGAGUACGACACACCUCGCGCCGGCGGGUUCGAGCCGUUGCAACACCUGCCGAAGAACAAGUAUGUCAUCUUGGGUGUGGUCACCAGCAAAUUCCCAAAGUUGGAGGACGAGGAUGAGAUGGUUGCCCGCGUCAAGGAGGCUGCCAAGUGGAUUGCCAAGGGCACGGGCGAAAGCGAACAGGAGGCGCUGGCAAGAUGCGGUGUGAGCCCGCAGUGCGGGUUUGCCAGCCAUUCAAGUGGCAAUGCCGUCAAGAGGGAGGACAUGAUUGCCAAGUUGAAGUUGGUCAGGAGAAUUGCCGAUCGACUUUGGCCUGGCGAGCCUUGAUACAGCUUUUAGCUUGAAAGUCCAUGAGGCUGUGUAGCCAGUUGACUCUUGCAGUGGUGCAAUACCUGCAUAGCAUAGUUGGAAGACAAAAAGUAAGGUAUGAAUAUAAAACGCUCAGUAGAUCAUCAAGAAUCGAUUGCAGAGGAAAAGGCACCUCUUAAAUCGAUCUGCGGUCCUCUAAUUGCAUUGUCUUAUUUGUUUCUCC